AUGUUUCAGGUGCACACUGGUUUCCCGAUGGCCGGCUCCGAGGACGUGAGGGGUUUGGCAGCAUCCCUGGGAGAGCUACACGUGGAGGCAUCACCAUCGCGGGAGGAAGGAACCAAUGGGCAUGGCAAUGGUGAUGCUGCUGCUGCUGCUGCUGCGGAUGAUGAUGUUUGGGGUGAUGCCUCAGAUUCUCCAGGACACGAUUCCGACUUAAAAAGAGAAUGGGACCACAGGCAGGAGCAGUUUCAUAAGAUGGGCUAUAGGGAUGGUAUAACCGAAGGGCAGAAGGAUGUUGCCCAAGAGGGGUUCAACCUUGGGCAUAGGCAAUCUGCAGAUGUUGGAUUCAAGUGGGGUCUCGUUCGGGGGAUUACUAGUGCAUUAGCUAGUCUUCCCAACAAUCUAAAAGAAAAGCUGCUGCUGGACGCCCAGCCUAGAGGAAAACUUGAAGAUUUGCACAAAUCUGUGCAAGAAAUUUCAGCAGAGGCUGCACUGCGGCUGUUUCACGGGAGUACUCUUCAGGAUAAUCGUCAACCAGAGGAAAGCAAGCUCCAAACUACUACAAAGGACCUUCUACUGUUGUUGCACGAAUGCCCAGAUGUUCAUGUUAGUGAAGAGCUGAAACAAGUUCCGUAA